GCUCGAAUUCACAAACACAUAAACUAAAAAAAGGGACCCAAAAUUUCAAUCAUAGUUUUCAUUUUUUUUCACGUCAUGGCUUCUUCCACUCACCAGCAGCAGCAACAACAACAUCAACCAUUACCAAAUCUUCACGGUGGCGCCACCUCAGCACCACCACCAACUCCAUCAACUACCACCAACAACCACCUCUCAACUUCCAACGCCGCCGACGCACUCUCACGCCUCCUCCACCGUCUCCCUCCCAAUCUCUCUCUCCCAACUCGCCGCUCCUCUCCAUCCGCCAUAUCUCCUCCCUCUCUCUCUUUUUCUUCAUUAAUCCCAAACGAACUCAUCUCCUCCAUUUCCCAACACGGUUUUAUUCAACUCACUGAUCACUCAAUUUCCUCCGAACUCGCCAACUCGGCCGAGUCAGAAUCGCUUAAACUAUUCAACCUAUCUCACGAUCAAAAGCAAUCGUUCUUCCCUCAAAACUGGCCUUUCGGUUAUGACGAUGGAGAAGGAGACGGACUCUCGGAAUCGUUCCGGUUUGACUCGUUGUUUACGACUGAGUCGAACGAGUUAAUAAAACUCGAUUCUAUUCGCGAGUUCACACGUGAGCUUGAGAAACUGGGUUUGAAUAUUAUUGAUAUGUUAAUGAUGGGUUUGGGGAUUGAGAACCCGGUUGAAAAUGAUCCGAACCGGUUGAGUUCGAUUAUGUGGGUUUCGGAGUGUUUACCCGGAAAUAAACCCGGUUCAACGGGUGGGUUUUAUCCGUUUAUAGUUGGGUUGAAGUAUCAGAUAAGAUGCGAGAAACAGUUGUUGUUGUCGGAUUCAGGUGGGUGGGUUUCUGUGUUGUCACACGUGGAUUCCAUCUUGGUUACUGUUGGUGAUAUUGCUCAGGUUUGGAGCAAUGGGAAGCUAAAGAAAGUUAGAGGCAGACCAAUGGCAACAUUAGGAGAUGAAAAUGAUUCACAUUGCAUAACAAUGUCAUUAUUGAUUACUCUUCCUACAGAAAGCAAUGUAGCUCCACUUCUUCCAAUUGGUAACAAGGACAAACUUGAAGAUGGUGAUGAAGAAGAAAUCAAUAUUGGAGGUGAAGGGCAAAAUAGGGUUUUCAACUCUAUUGAUUUUGAGGACUAUGCUUGGAGAGUUUAUCAUGAACGUCUCUUAUUUAAGGAUCCAUUGGAUAGGUACCGUGUUACUCAAUAGUUGGAGUUAUUUUAUUCUUUCUAGCUAUAUAUGUGAGGUUUUGUGAGAUUUAUUAAUGUUUUUCCUAUGAGCUUUUAAUUUUGAAUGAUCUUUUCUUGACAAAAGUUAUGAGUUGUAUAUGCUCCAUUUAUUGAUUUGAUUGAUUUUCAAGCUCUUUUGAGAACA